GGUGCGCUGGACGCUGGUGUGGCUGGCGGUGGCGGCGCUGGCCGACGCGGCCGCCGUCGUGCGGCAAAGCGACGGCGCCUCACACCGCAUGCGCCGCCUGAUGAUGCUGCGCCGGAUGCGCCAGAGGAUGCUCCAGCGGCGGCUGGAGCAGGCGUCGGAGCCGAUGACGGAGACGGAGCCGACGCCCGAGCCGACGGUGGAGCCGUCGCUGGAGCCGACAGUGGAGCCGUCGCUGGAGCCGUCGACAGUGGCGCCGUUUGAUGGUUCAGGUGAGAGCACCACUGCGCUGCCCGCGUCGUCGUCGCCGCUGCCGCCGCCGUCGCCGCCUCCGGCAGUGGAGCGGCGGCUAAGCGCGGAGGUGGCCGCGAGUUCUGCACGGCAGCGUACUCGUCUGGCCACGGCCGGAAACGUGACGUACUUGGUGCGGCAGUGGGUGGACCCAGAGGCGACGACGACGACGACGGCGGCGCCGACGGCGGCCACGCCGCCACCGCUCGAGGGCGAGCUGCGGCUGAGCGGCGGCCGCGGCUCGUACGAGGGCAAUAUCGAGAUCUUCCACGCGGGCAGUUGGGGCCACAUCUGCGACGACGAGUGGGACAUGCCGGAGGCCGAGAUUGCAUGUCGCCAGCUGGGCUUCCAGUCGGCGCAGAAGCCGACGCACGACGGCUUCUUCGGCCGCCCGGCCGGCGACGUUACCUUCUGGAUGGACAACAUGUACUGCCUGGGCAACGAGCGCAGCCUGUCGGAGUGUCGGUUCGACGGCUGGGCGCAGCACGACUGCAUGCCGAGCGAGCUGGCCGGCAUCAGCUGUCGCGGCCGUCGCCUCGAGGACGCCAAGGCGACGGAGAAGCCCACCGAGGCGCCGCCGCCGCCCGAGGUGCCCAAGACGAGUCUGUGGCUGUCGACGCGCGGAAAGCUGAAGGCGAGGCUGCGCGGCGGCCGCUUGCCGACCGAGGGCCGCCUGGAGCUGAAGGUGGGCGCCGCCGACUGGGGCGUCGUCUGCGGCGACGGCUGGAGCCUGCUGCCGGCCAACAUCGUCUGCCGCACGCUCGGCUUCGGCUUCGCGGCGGCGUCGCUACAGACCGGCUUCUUCGGCGGUAACGGCACGGCCAAGGUGAUGUCGGGGCUCGAGUGCGUGGGCAACGAGGACUCGCUGAUGGACUGUCGCCACGACGAGGUGAUGUUCUGCCCGGGCGACCAGGCCACCAACAUCGCCAGCGUCGUGUGCGAGGAGGAGAUGGCCGACCUGCUGCCCGACCACGAGGCCAUGAUGCAGUCCGCCUACCUGGAGGACCGCCAGCUGUUCUACCUGCAGUGCGCCAUGGAGGAGAACUGCCUGGCGCCGUCCGCCUACCGUAUCCGGAAGGAAAACGCUGACUGGCACGUGAUGCCGCGCCGUCUGCUCCGCUUCACCACCAAGGUGAUGAACAUCGGCACGGCCCCCUUCCGGCCGUUCCUGCCCAAGCACGCCUGGGAGUGGCACGCCUGCCACAUGCACUACCACAGCAUGGAGGUAUUCUCGACGUACGAGGUGACGGACAGCGCCGGCCGGCGCGUGGCCGAGGGCCACAAGGCCUCCUUCUGCUUGGAGGACUCGCUCUGCUCGCAGGGCGUCGAGCCCGGCUUCAGCUGCGCCAACUUCGGGGACCAGGGCAUCAGCGUGGGCUGCGCCGACAGCUACGCGCACAACAUCGACUGCCAGUGGCUGGACGUGACCGACAUCGACCCGGGUCACUACCAGCUGCGCGUCGUCAUCAACGGCGAGUACAAGGUGGGCGAGCAGACCUGGGAGAACAACGCCGUCACGUGCGACUUCCACUACGCGGCCACGGCCGGCACCGUCAACAACUGUCACCUGGGCCGGCCCUGACCGCGGCGGCACGGCGCUGCGCCGCAGU